AGCAGGCAGCUGUGGAGGAGGGACCAGCGCUGGCAUCUCAGCCAUCUCACUGACUUGGCAGUUCUACUUCAGGAGAGGCUCAGAAGAGUCAAUCUCUGGACACUGGGCACUUGGAGCAAGGUUUACAAGACCCCAAGACCCUGAUUCUUACUUCCAGAGUGACAGCAGGUAGGAAUGGUGUCCUGGGGCCUGGGCAUCCUGCUCAUCCGUCUCCUCCUCAACCUGAUCAACCAAGGUUGCUGUGCUGAGAACCUUCAACAGGCCUUCCGUGUGGAGCCGGAUAACGUCACCGUCCAUGAAGGGAAAACAGCUCUGCUAAGGUGUGAGGUGGACAACCUAUCUGGCAUUGUGCAGUGGGUGAAGGAUGGGCUUUUGUUGGGACCCAACCAGGACAUCCCUAGGUUUCCACGCUACAGCAUGGUGAGAGAUCCUAGCCAAGGCAAGUUUAACCUGCAAAUAACAAGGAGCCAACUGGAAGACGAUGCCGUGUACGAGUGCCAGGUGGGACCUUCGGAGAAAAGCAGAGGCAUCAUCUCUCGCAGUGUGCUGCUCUCUGUGCUGAUUCCCCCCAAGAGGCCGCUCAUUAGGGAGUACCCAGCCAACAGCACAGUGACCUGGGUGGCUGGCAUGGAAUAUACGGUGCACUGCCAGGUGGAAGAUGCCCGGCCUGCAGCCGAGAUCACCUUCCGCAGUGGUGACAAGGAAGUGACAGAUGUGUCAUCCAGCAUCCAACCUGGCUCCAACGACAAACUCUUCAGCACAGAGGCCAUGCUAAGGAUCACUCCCCAGAGCUCAGACAACAGGCAACGGCUGACGUGCGCAGCUUCUAACCCAGUUGCCUUAAUCCCAGUUGUUGUCAGCUUCACCAUGAAUAUCCUGUUCCCACCACAGCCACCUGUCAUCAAGGGAUACGAUGGCCCCACAGUAAAAGCCAAGGACAAGUUAGAGCUGACCUGUAUUUCUUUGAGUGGGAACCCACUGGCUACCCUGCAAUGGCUAAAGAACGAUGAAGUGAUUUCCACGAACUGGGAGACGGACGACGCCGGCCAAUUGUCCCGGAGCUCCCUCAGCCUCAGCAUCACAGCAGAAGACAACAUGGCUACAAUCAGCUGCCAGGCCUUGAACCAAGUCUUGCCCCUUCCCCUGCAAGCCAGCAUCACUCUGCACGUGGUCUUUCUCCCCGACCAGGUGAAAAUCAUAGGCUCAAGCAGCACCGAGGAAAACAAGGAGGUCUCGCUGUCUUGUUCCACCUCUGCCAGCAACCCACCUGUCUUGCUGCGCUGGUGGCUGGGCUGGAAGGAGCUCAGCGCCACAGAGGUCACUGUCUCAGAGGCAGCUCAUGGCGGGAUGAUCACGGUGUCUAACAUCACAUACACAGCACGCCGUGAGGACAACGGAUUGUCUCUGAUCUGUGAGGCCUUCAAUGAAGCCAUCCUCUACGCCAAGAGUGCUACUGUGACCCUCCGAGUACAGUAUCCACCUCAGAAGAUCUGGAUUGAUGUGCCAACCCCAGAAACAUGCUUUCGAGCUGGCACCGUAGUCAAGCUCACCUGCUUUGCCAGCGGCGGACACCCUCUGCCUCGCCUCGAGUGGUACAAGGAGAGCAAAGUAGUGAGGGACGGGACAACUCCGGGGUCAUCGGGGAACAUUGUGUCCAAGGAGCUGCUCCUCACCACAACUGCCAGCGACAACAUGGCUGCUUACUACUGCAAGGCAUUUGGAAGUUCCAGAACCCCAGCACUCACUGCAGAGACUCGUCUGCACGUCCAGUGUGCCUUGUGUCCAUCCUGCCUCUGGAUGCAGAACCACAGUGAGCUGUCCGUGGUCCUGCCCUCCUCUGAAGCAACCUGGGUGCCUGCUGAGCUUCACCAUCCCGCCCUAAGCGCAAAAAUUACGGUGACAGUCAAGGAGAUCAGGCCUGGCCAGUUGGUGACACUUCACUGCAAAUCGGGCAGCAGCAAUCCUCCCGCCAGCCUCACCUGGCUCAAAGAUGGGAAAAGGUUGAAGGCAACUAACCCAGAGCAGAAGAAAGCAGAAUUUGGGGGGUUUUCCACUUCAGGAAAUGUGACUCUGGUGGUGUCAUCUGCAGAUCAUGGGAUGAGAGUAGAAUGCCAUGCAUACAGCUCUGUCCUCUCUGAAGGUGUGAAUACCUUCUACCAGCUCACUGUCCUAUUUCCCCCAGAGUUCUCCUCUGAGCAACCUCUAGUAGUGCAGGCUGUGGAGCACGGAGCUGUCCAGCUGCCCUUGCUGGUGUCGGCCAGCCCUCCAGACAUCACCUAUCGCUGGACCUUCCUUGGUCCAAAAGCCAACCAGCCCACCACUGCCUUGGCCUUGCUGAAGAGCCCAGUGGUGGUAGGGCUCCCCACGGUAUCACCUGCGGAUGGUGGCUCUCUGGAGAUCUGGAACGUGACCAGGGCGGAUGCUGGCAAGUACAAGAUCUACUGCGAAAACCCAGAAGGCCACAAUGAAACGGCCCUCUUGUUGGAUGUGCAGUGUGAGUAUCAGGUGGAGAGGCAUACCAUGUAUUCCGUCACUUGA